CAGGCCCCGACGCGUGCAGUCUAGACACACACUAUAUAAGACGCCUGCGAACACCCCUAAGCAUUCAAAAGCACAUACGCUCCAGUCCCUAACAUAGGCUCGCAAAAUGAAGGUCUUAAUCUUAGCAGCUGUAUUGAUGGUGUGCAGGGAGGCGGCUGGAGGUCUGCCCCUAGCGCCAUACGCUUACGCCCGACCUUUGGCAAUCGCUAGGCCAGCGUUGGCUCCCUAUGCGGUAGCUCCGGCCAUUGCUAAAGUCGCCGCUGUUGAAGACUACGACCCUAACCCGCAAUAUUCCUACGCUUAUGAUAUACAAGAUGCUCUUACAGGUGACUCCAAGAGUCAACACGAGACGCGAUCUGGUGACGUAGUUCAAGGUUCCUACUCGCUGGUGGACCCUGACGGCACCCGCCGCGUGGUCGAGUACACCGCCGACCCGCACAACGGCUUCAACGCUGUCGUCCACAGACAACCUCUGGGAGCAGUCAAAGCAGAAGCACCUGGAUACUUGCACUAGUUUUGAUCUUAUAAGCGCGCUUAUUCCAACUUUACUUCUACAUAAGCUUCAAUAAGUAAAAACAUCAGAAAUAAUGAUAUAAAAGGAUUUUUUUGUACAAAAAUAACAUAUGAAAUAUUUAACUUAAUGAAUAUAACGUUUGAAGGAAAAUAAGGCAUGAAACUGUCACAACGUAAUUUAUAUUAAUUGUGGCCCGAAUCUUUUAAAAGCUCUCUAAAAAGUGUAAACAAUUUAUGUUUUUAAGAAUGUAAAGUUGUGUUUAAGCAAGCUAAACUUGCCUCACGUGACCUGAACCUAUUUGUACUCGUAUUUUAUAUUGUUGCAAACAUAUUUAUAUUUGUUUUGUUCAAAAUGUUAAUACUAAGGUAAUAAAUUAGUGGAAUCGAA